AGUGUUUCCUUUAAACAAUUAGUAUUACGUUGUAGACUUUACGCAGACAGUUGUGGAGUAGCCGACAGACGGCGCAUUUGUCUCUGGUUGGUUCAACGACAGUCUCUUGUCCAAUCAGUGACUACGGAUGAUUUUACACAUCAGAGAGGUUGAAGGAUUGUAAACUCUGUGCCAAACCGAUAUACACUCGCCCUAUCUUAGCCUAUAUUUUUGUCAAUAGGCCAACGAGUAGGCUUUUUACGUUUAGUUUUUCUGUAAAUUAAAGGAAUGUUUUAAUCAAUUCGAAUCUGCUGAGUAGCCCUCUGCCUCAAAGAAUGGCGACUCUUCAAUCCGAAUCUAUUUACUUUGCCUGUUCUCUUUGAGAUACAGUACAUAGCAGGGGAUACAUGUUUACAUGUACAUGAUUUAUUUGACUAACAACUCAUGAGCAGGAGGAAACCGUCGAGGGUAGUCGAUAUUGUACAUCUCUCCCAGCUCGUAAUGUUUGAUAAAUUGUGUCAACUGUCGGAAUGAGGGGACUCCAGAAGGUGCUCGCGCUGUGCGUCGCGCUACCAUGGCUCCAGCUCACCUGCGCUCAAACUCAAGAAGUGAUAUGCUCCGGCACCCAAAAUGCACUAAGCGUGACAGGAAGUUCACAGACGCAGUACACGCUAAUGAAGGAGAUGUACAGUGGCUGUGAGAUCGUCAUGGGUAACCUGGAGAUCACCAUGAUGGAACACUGGAGGGACUUCACCUUUCUUCAGUCUAUUAGAGAAGUGACGGGCUACAUCUCAUAGCCAUUACAGUUCAGCCGGCUGCCGCUGGACCAGCUCCGUGUCAUAAGAGGCACCACUCUGUACGAGGAUCGCUUUGCUCUGGCUGUCCUCGUCAACUACCAAAAGGACGGCAACACGGACUGAAGGA